AUGAUACGCUUUGCAAUAGUUUUGUUUUUUUGUGCGUUAAGCCCUACAACACGUGCAAAUGAAACCACUUUUACAGAAGAAAUUGUUAAUUAUAUGACAGAAUUCAGCAAUGAAAAUGUCUUAUAUUUGUCCAAAAAGGUUAAUGAUUGCAUAAAUAAUAAAAUAACCGAAAUAAAAGACAUUAAUUUGGAUUUAAAAAAUGUUACACACUACUUAAAUGAAAUCAGUGAAGAUUCAAAAGAUGCGACCUACGAGUUCACAGAAUCAAUCGAAGAAGCAAUAGAAAAACUGUCUUACACAUCCAGUUUAAAUGAUGUUACUAGUCAAAUUGAUUCAGCAACAGAUCAAUUGGACAAAAACUUACAAAAAAGAAUACGAAAAAACUUAAAAUACAUAACCGAUCUCGUGAUAAAAUGUUAUGGUACAGACCAAUAUGGUUUAAAAAAAUUCAAAAGCGUACUAACAUUUGUGAAGGUAGUCUUAGGGAAUGAUGUUACUUUACUAAGUAACUCAAUCUCCAUAUCAAUUAAUAAUGUUCGCAAAAGCAUUAUAGAAUCACUAUAUCAAAACACUUUAACAAAACAAAACCUUGAAGACUAUAUUUGUGAUAUACAAACAGAAAUAAGAAAAUCGGUGGAGUCGAUCAAAACAAUGUUCAAAAGGGAAUUUAUGGCGUUAAAAUCGUUGUUUAUAGGUUUGGGUGUAUUUACAAAUCCCGACAAAAUAUUUGACACCAUUGUAAUAUAUGUAAAAGAACAAGUAAAUGCUAUAAAACUUAACCUGGGGUAUUCCUUGAAAAGUAUCAUGGAAGAAAUAAUAUAUGAUGACAAUAUCGAUGAAGAUAUUGAUGCCCAAAUAUCUACAGCAUUACAGUAUACACUUACAAACUCUAAAGCAACAAUAUUAAAGUAUCUGGACGAAGUGGAAGGUGUAAUUAAAACAAAUUUAACUGAACCUGAUCAAGCAGCUGUAAACUUCAUCCUCAAUGGUUGCUAUCUCAUAAUUGCUUCGGAAAACUCUUCCAAUAACUUGUACCAACACAAGUGUUGUGUUAAAUAUGCCAAAAUAGUUACGCAAGUAUCAUUUGAACUGUGCAAUGAAAAAGUGGUUGGAAUUAUUGCUAAAAGUAAUGCCACAAUUAGUGAAGUUGGUUUGUCUAGUAAGAUGACCAAAGACAAAUUGGUUGGAAUUAUGGAUGGUUUACUUAUAGAUGUUGAUUAUGUUGAAGUAUGGGCCACAGAUUACCUAUUGAAACCAAUUAAAUCACUUGAAAAAACUGUAUAUUUUAAAGAAGAAGAUAAUCUUCAGACAAUUUCGAUUAUUACGAAUUUAGGUAAAUUAAUCACUGAUUUUGUUAAUCUUGAAGUUAAGGAAGCCGAUAAUAUUAUAACGGCUAUAUCCAACAAUCUCACAAGUAAACCCAACUGUAAAGAAGUAAACAAAAGUUACACUGACAUAAGAAAAAAUAUAAAGAUACUAAUAAAUCAAUUGGAAAUAGACGUAUAUGCAUCCUUGACAACUCUUGAAGGCUCUCUAAAUGGCAACCUUAUAAACAUAAACAUAAAAAUACGAAAGGCCUUCGAAAAUCUCAACUCUCCAUUAACUGAAUCGUUUAAUGCAUCCCUACAAUCGUUUGCACGUGACAUCAUCAAACUUGAUGGUGUAGGGGAGAAAGGAUACAAAAGAUUUACUUUAAUAAUCAAAUACGCACAAACAAUCUUGGAGAAUGUAAUCGAUGUUAUUAUCCCCGCAGAAUUUAUAAAGAUAAAUCAAGCACAGUUAAAGUUACUGCAACACUGUAGAGAUGGCGUUACUGAUCAGCAACUAGGUGACUCUCUAAGCAACUUGAAAGUGGAUUUAAAAAAUGCAUCCGAGAAAUGUAUGAAGCUGUUCACGUACCAGUUUAAAACAGUGAAUGUUUUCAUUGAGCGCCUCAAAAAGGAGUACAAAGAUGCAAGAAAUGUUAUCACUGGCAAUAUGGAUUUCGUCGACAGGUUGGCCAACGGCGAGAAGGAUGAGCUUGUAGAAGAUCUGUCGGUUUAUUUCUAUGAUGUCCUGGACAAUUGUAAUAAUUUUAAUGCAUCGUCAUUUUUAAGUCAGGUUAAAGUAAUAACCAAAUCCACAUCAACUACAAGAUCUGCAAUGGUAAAGUGCGUUAAGAAGUUGUUGUCAAAACUUGGAAACUCUUUGGAUGAUGUAUACAGUUUAAUAGAAUCCAGUGUAGAAGAUAUAAAAAAUGAAUACGUAAAGGACUCUGUAGAAUACAUUCUAAAAUCAGUUGCCACCAUAGUAAUAAGCUCACAUGGCACUACAAAUACAUUUAAUACUACAAUAAGUGUGUUUUUCGAUCUAGUUACUACAGGGGCAUGCCUGGUCGAUGAAAGAUUGGAAUAUGCUUACACUAAUUUAGAAGUUUCCCUAACAGAACUCGAAGUGGAAAAUAAUUUGAAUAAAGAAGAACUUGAAAAUUUAAUGAAAAUAUAUUUAAAUAAUCUUGGUGAUGGCUUUGUAUGGGCCGCGCACUACUGGAAGUCAGGAACUGGUGGUCUAGUCAAUCUGACAACAACGGAAUUCACAAAGGCACAAAAUUAUAUUACUUUUAUAAACGAUUUGGCUACAUUAUGGUCUGAAAUACUAAGCACCACAGCUGAAGAAAUAAACCACAAAAUUUCCAAAGUAUUUAAAAAAAUUAAAGACACCUCUAUAACAUGGCCUUCAAUAUCAAAGCUAUUGAAAGAACUAAAAUCAAAACCACUGGAUUACCUAUCAACUCUAAAACUAACACUGGAACAUGGUUUUCACCACAUUUCUGAUUUGCACGGCGAUCUAAACGAUAUCUUCCCCCAAAUAGAUAAAGCCUUUGGAAACUCAACCGAGAAAGUCGUCGACAUGACGAAAAAUUACCUUAAAAACCUCGCGAGAGAAGUUGUGGUCGUAUCCAGUCCAGGAGCAAAUGGACUGAAACAGUUCAAACAAGCAGUUUCGUAUUUGCUGAUGGUAACAAAAAAUAUUUUUAACGCUGUGAAAAUUUCCAUCACCACUCAAGUGGAUAGGGCUUGCUACAAUUUAGGAGAGCUUCAUCUAAAUGGUAAGCUAAGCAAAACGACAUUCGAAAAAGAGUUAAGUUUAGCUAAAAGUACUAUUAAGGAAAUAUUAAAUAUAAGUCGUUCAACGAUAAAUAGUCAGUUUGGAGUGCUUUUUAACCUUAUUGAUGUUCUUAUUAAUGAAUAUGAGGACAUAAGGAUUAUGCUCAAUAUGAGCAUGGAGUUCAUAACAAGUUGGUUAAGUCAAAUUCAAAUACAAUAUGAAAAUAGAUUAACACAAAUAAUCGUUGAUGAUAACACUAGCAUUACCUGGGUACAAUCUACGUUGGAAACUAUUAAAACAAAUAUAUACACCAUCAACCAGAAGGAAGCAAUAUUAAACUCCUUUUCUAUAAUGUUAGAAACAGUACAUGCUUCUUUGGACAACAUAGAUGACAAAAUUAAGAAAGCCACAAAAGGAAUUGAUGAAAAUAAGAAAGAAGCAACCAAGGUACUACUAAAAUCGUUCUACACAUACAUAAAAGCCAUGGAUUUGACAGACCAAACCAGCGCAGACGUAUACAAAAAAAUCAUCAAGAACUUUCAGCCUGUCGUUGAAACGGCUUAUCUUACUUUGGAAGAAAACGUUAAUGCAACAAUUAUGCAAACAUCCUGCGAGUUAACAAAUAGUAUUAUCAAACAUGAAACAAACAUUAGGAAGGUUUUAAACAACCUUGAAGUAAACAUUAACAAUGAUAUAGGUAAGGUUUAUAACUACAUCAUAGGCCCAUGCUGGGAUAUAGCAGAUUUAGUAACAACCAAACCUACCAAUAAACCUAGUACAAAAACCAUAAUGGAAACGAUAAAUUAUGAAUUAACAAGAGAGUAUUACAACACAUUGAAUAAGGAUUAUAAUAAAAUAAUAGAUGAAGGUUCCAAAGAAAUAACUAAUAAUAUAACUUUUUUGGAAGCCGUUAUAAUCAUAAGAAAAACGCAAAAAUCGUGCCUUAAGAAAGUUAACAAAUUCGAUGAUUUCCUUGAUUAUAAAGUACAAAAUCUUCUUAAUAACUUGGACGGCACUCUAAACGAUAUAAGUGAGGAAAUUGAAGAAUAUCUGGAAGAUACAGAAACAGUUCUGACAGUAUUAGUCCAAGAGAGAUUUAUAUAUUUAUCCAAAGUAGCAGUUCAACUUGAAGGUGUUGGUUUUGAGGCAACAAAAACCUUUAAAGAUAUAGUGUUAUACACCCAAAAAUUCAUGAGGUAUCAUAACACCCUAAUGAAAAUGACCAUAGAUCAAAUAUUUGAUGGGGUAUUUGCGACGCUAACCCAAAUGAACUCCAAGGGUGAGUUGACCGAAGAAAAUGUGAAAAAAACGUUGAACCACGUUAAAACUUUUAUGUAUGGAGCCGUUCAAACACUAAUCAACAAAUUCGACGUGCAAUCUCAAACAAUUGUGGAUAUGCUUGGAAUUUUCAUCGGUGAAUUCAAGAACCCUGAGAAUCUAACCAAAACACUCUCCCAUUUCUAUGAAUUACUGUUUAAUAGAAUAACCAAAGCAAUACUGGGAUCAACUAAAGUUACUAUAAAACGAAUAGAAGACAAAGGGGUGGAUACCAACACCAAUAUAGACCUGUGGUUUACAGAAACCUCGCUAGCUCUUAAUGCAUCUCUAAUAAAGUCAUUUGUGAACCUAGAAAUACCUGCUGACAGUGCUAUAAAUGCAUACUCCAAUAGCCUUUUACUGUCGAUUUACUCAACCAAUAAACAUAUAGAGACCUCUAUAUCAAAUUUAAGUGAAACCAACAAGGCACCCAUACAAUGGCUUCUAAAAACAUUAACAGCUCUAUGCAGAGCCCAGGUAGGUCCAGGGAAUCAAGGUACACAUUUGCUAAGAAACUUGUUGUAUUGGUACAACAAGUCACUAUAUUCUAUGUAUGAUUUGGUACUCAACAAGUGGCAAUAUACUGUGAUGUCGAUUAAGAAUGAACUGCUUGAACUGAUUGUGGAAAAUAAAUUAACCAACGAUACACUGAAAAGUUCUUUGUCGAAAAUUUAUGAGGAGAUUGACUAUCAAACAGAUUGGAGUCUAAGUUUUGCCUACGAUCAUUUCAACUCCAUUGUGAUAGAAGAGAAUAGACCUAUGAAAAUUAUAUAUCCUGGUUCCAUUGUUGAACCGAUGCAUGGUUUAUCGCAUUCUCUUAUAGAAAAUAUAACUACAAACAUACAUAAUCGUCUUGAUGUAGCCAUAUUAGAAAUUGGAACGUGUGAUAAUAACUUUGCCAAUAUCAAAAAAUUAUUCGAAGACCUCAAACACAAAAACGGCGCCUCAGUUGUAAAUUUACUGACCAUAUUUAAUACCAAAUUUGACAACCUAAGACUAUCCAUUAAAGGCACCCUUAACAAUAUCUACACAGACAUCAAUGAUAUAUUUGGAGACUUUGAACCAGUCGUGGUUAAGUACAAAAAAUCUUUAACAAUUUUGGCCGAUGCUGUUAUAAAUAUAGAUGGCACUAAUGAAGUUUUAACUUUUGUCAAUGGUUGGACCUCUAUUAAUGCCAUUGUGAAUAACAUAGUGUAUUCGUUGAAAGAAAACUUUGAUAGUAAAAUUAACAAUGCCAUAAGCAAAUCAGGAAGCCUCAUUGAUAAGAAGAAGUUAACCAACGAAAAAUUGGUGGAAAUAUUGGAAGAUUUAAAGCAACACGAUAGUUUUACAAAGGUGAUUGAUGAGGAACUCAACGAUCUUCAAAGAAUAAUGGACAUAACAUCUCUAGAACUACCAGAGUCCAGAAUGGUUAUUAAAAACAUAUUAGGAUUUAAUUCAAAGUAUCUUAGAGAUAUAACAGUCCAAAUAAGUAAAAGUAUUUUCAAAAUAAUUAAGGAUUAUGAAAAGAAAAACAAUAACUCUGCAGACACGACUUUUGUAAAGGAGGUUGAAAACAAACUAAGAAAAGCUAUGCUGCAAAACUUGGAUUAUGUAAAAUGUCUCACCUUAACUACAAUAACGAAUAUCAGUGAUAAUUUAGAGACAUCCUUAGAAGGCAUUGAUGAAGAAAUCCUCAUUAAAACUAAGGAAUUGGAUCACACAACAAAGUCUGUACAAGAAAUCUUAAUAGAUUUAUCAUCAAUUAUAUCAUCAUCAAGUAAAACACGCUAUGAUUUUCUUAAAUUCUACAAAAAAGCCUUAAACAGCGUAUACAUGGACGUUAAAGUAACCUGUUUUAUAUACAGCCUUAAAUUAAAAUCUGUAAUAAGCAAAUUUUCGACUGAACUAACUGAGAUUAUUUUAAAGAAUGAAUUCAACUCCGAUUCAUUCUCAAAGUUGUUACAAAAAAUCCCUGGUGAAGUUUACUAUGCCAAAGACUGGACUGAAUCGUACGAGGAAAAUGGGGAACAAACCAUAGGUGAAGUUUCCACAGUGGAAGAAGAGAAAUAUUUUAAGCCCAGUGAUAUUAUCGAUGAUAUGCCAUCUGCAUCAAAAUCGGUUGUAAUGUUUUUGGUGAAGAGGGCCAAAAAAAUAAUGGAGGAAUUAAUAGGUAAGAUGAACACUACUCAAGAGUUUGAUGGUACGGUUUUAAAAUCAGUUAAUGAAACUUUGGAAGAAAUAACCAAGUUAAAUAUGGAUUUUAAAAACAAGAUUAGUGAAACUUUGUUAAAUGUUGUGAAAGAGUUUGGAGGAAAUCUUAAUUUUUACUACGACAAAAUACCACGUGGUUUGCAAUUUCUAGAUGCAGAUUUAAAACCAUCAUUAAGCCUGAUUCUCAACCACCUAGCAACGCGCAGCAUUAAAAUAGCAAGUCCAUAUUCUGAUGGAUUUAAUCUGUUUACCAAAGGUGUACAAGUUUAUGGUUUCGUGCUAAGUAACACCAUAGAUGAUGUAGAGUUAGCUGAGCAAGCAACACUGAAAGAAUCAUUGAUAAACAUAGAACAAAUGGUUUGCAAUGACAAUUUAACGAAAGAUUCGUUGAUGGGUGAGUUGUUUUCUGCUAAAUCAAAAGUGAAAAUGCUUUGCUGCAACUUGACAAAGAUGAUAAAGUUAGAGAUUGCUGCCUUGGAUCUAUUCAUUCAUAUUGUGGUCUAUGAUUCGCCCAACCCUAGAAUUUUUGGUGAUAUACUUAUGGAGUAUUAUCGAGGUCUUAUUAUUGGUGAACGUUUGAUAAUAAUUAAAUCAGUUAAUACCACCAUAGAAAACAUAAAGAGUAGUAAAAACAUUGACUCUCUUAGAAUUCAACUAAAUACAGCAAUAAUUGUAACUCUAAACAAUCAAAGUACGGAAAUAUUGGAAACACUAGCAACUUUCAAAAAUAAUCUUGGUGAAACUUUGGACUACAUAGACUAUUCACCAUUUUCCACAUUGGAAAAAUCCAUAGAAAAGACCAUUACAGACACCAUCAAACUAUCAGUAGUUCUGAUAAAGGCCACCAAGGGAAAAUACUAUUACGGUGUCAACACUUUAAAGCUAACUAUUGACACCAUCAUCUUCGAGACUAAAGGAGUGCUUAAUAUUUUCUCUACCUGCCUCAAUAAUGCUAUACUUGAAACAACGAGUAGCAUAGAAGAACUAUCGGUUUAUAAGAAAUUUGAUGAUUCCGCUUUGGACGAAGUUCUGGAUAGAAUAUUGCCUAUGAUUACAAGGCACAGCAAAUGGGUUUUAAGAUAUGGCGAAAGCCUUAUUGGGGAAAUUAUUAAUAUAACCACAAAACCAAUCCAGAAAAUUUAUCCUUCUGAAUUCUUCGAAUAUUCCUAUGUUAUUGGUAAAUUUUUAAGCAAAUUCAAUGUGGAUAUAAAUGCCAAAGUUGAAAAAAUUAUCGAAGAUUUCGACAAGAAUUGCACCUCAAGCGAUGUAGAGUUCAGCACAGUAAAAAGUGUGAUGGAAUAUAUAAAUACAACUUGUGGAGGUAAAAUUGAGGAUGUUCUGGAUGAAACUAGAAAUACGCUUGAAGAAAUUGAUGGAGAACUGAACAACACUCUUAUUAAUGCUGAAGAGAUACUAUAUAAAGCACUUUUAGAAGUAAACGAACCAACCAAGACCUAUUUAGGAGAAUAUGUGAGCUUUGGACUCACUCUUGUAGUGAAGAAUAAAGGUGUGGGGUCCAAUGCAGUGGAGUUUUUCAAGUUAGAAAUGCAUUACAUUAGAAGAGUACUUGAAUUUUCUUUCUUUCUAAUAAAAAAUAUUAUAGUAGCAACGGUGGAUAACUCUUACUAUAAUAUAGGAUUGAAAAUGAAUUCUACAACUAUAUCAAAAUCAGUUUUGUUGAGGGAUUUGCAAGUUUUACAGAUAAUCAUCAAGGUUUCCCUGGAAGCAUACAAAAACUCUGCUGUUUCAUUGGUCAAUAGCCAUAAAUAUUCCUAUUCGAUGCUUCCAGAUGAAAUAUUUUACGCUGAAUUGCAUGUUAAUAAUUUCGUGGAAUUUUCAAAACCUCUUUUCAAUAUAAUUUCUCAAAGUAUAUCCAGCAAAGUAUCCGAUAUUAAUGAUAACAUAGAUGAUCAGCAAUUGGAUAAACAAUUUUUUGGGUUGUUAUCCCAAGACGUCAACAUGGCGAUAGAACAACAACUCUCAAACAUAUUCAAACGUACCCUAUAUGUGACAAACAAAUUAAAAAAUAACCUUGGCAUCACUCUUGAUGAUGUUGACUCCAAAAUAGAUUCUGCCAUAAAAACAAUAGAACCAAACGCAAAAGCGUUAGCUAAAAAAGAAUAUACGUCAUAUUCAAAUUUUGUAAUACAAAGGAAAGGAGCUAAAUCGCUAGGAGUAACGACACUAAAAACAGGACUAUUUUUAAUGACUCAAAGAAUGACUCAAUUUUUCGGCAUCUUUGAAAGGCAAUUGGUCGCAGAUGCUAACAAUAUCAUGGCCGCUUUGACUGCACACAUGGUAAAUAAUGAAAUCAACAAAAAUGAGGUACAAGAUGCACUAAAUGACCUGAGUAAAAAUGUUUUUAUGGAUGGAAAUGUAACUCAAUUUUAUAUGGGGAACAUGUUCGUAGAUAUGCGUGAAGUUUUUUUGCACAAAGAUAAACCAUCUGCAGAUGAGCCUAAAAUACAUUCAGAAUUAUAGAUUUUGUAGAUUAGAUUUAAUGAAUAAAUCGUUUUUUAGAUAG